ACGACAAAGCUAGAAAAAUUAUUUUCCACUCCAGAAAUUAAUGAUCAUGAGCUCGUAUUUGAUGGAGUCUAACUACAUUGAUCCGAAAUUUCCUCCAUGCGAGGAAUACUCGCAAAACAACUACAUCCCCGAGCACAGCCCCGAAUAUUACGGCCGCGCCAGCAGGGAGCCGGGCUACCAGCAGCAUCACCACCAGGACUUGUACCCGCCGCCGCCUCCCCCGCCGCCGCCGCGGGCCAGCGGCUACCAGGAGCGCCAGUACAACUGUGCAAGCAUCCCCGAGCCCGACACGCCGCGCGGACAUGCGGGGAUAGCCCACACCGCGCACCUGCUGCAGGCGGCCAAGGGGCAGCCCGCUUCGUGCGAGACCCCACAGUUGUCCAUGUCCCCCGCCACCCCGCCAGCCGCAGCCUCCGCCUGCAACCAAGCCACCCCGGAGCAUCCGAACAGCGCCGCCGCCGCCGCCGCGUCCAAGCAGCCCGUCGUGUACCCCUGGAUGAAGAAGAUCCACGUCAGCACUGUGAACUCGGGUUACAAUGGGACGGAGCCCAAGCGGUCUCGGACAGCAUACACCCGCCAGCAAGUGCUGGAACUGGAGAAGGAGUUCCACUAUAACCGCUAUUUGACUCGGAGGAGGCGCAUCGAGAUCGCCCACACCCUGGUGCUGUCCGAGCGCCAGAUCAAAAUCUGGUUUCAGAACCGCAGGAUGAAAUGGAAAAAGGACCACAGGCUGCCCAACACCAAAGUGCGGUCCUCGGCCAACUCCUCCUCGUCCUCCUCCUCCUCCGGCUCCAACUCCAGCUCUGCAGCCGGCACCGGGGCUCCUUCCUCGGUCACAAACACAGGGGCCUCCGAUGAACUAGGCGAAGAUAUUACCAGGUUAUAAAAUCCACACAUGCAGAAGAACAACAACAACAAAAAACUGAACUGCUUAUUUAUAGAAUUAUUAUAUAUUUUUGUUUUUUUCGUAGCCAUAUUGUGCUGUUUCCUCCAAGUCCAACGUUGUACAAAAUGCAUGUUAUAUGGCAUGGACUAUUGCGAAUACCGAUGACUUUUUUUGUAUUUUUAUUUUUUACGUGAAACAGGGUUUAAUUUAUUUAAAAACUCCAUUUUGAUUGUUUUUUAUUUUAUUUUUUUAUAUUAUGUUUUGAAUGAAGGGAAAUAUAUAGACAGUCAUUUUAUCCAAAUAUUAUUGUGGGACAUUUUUCAGCACAGGUGAAAUGCACAAUCUAUUUAUUUCAAACGACACUGGAAGGAAAUCAACAUAAUAAUUAUUUUUGGUAUUAGGAGAUUUAAAAAACAUUGAUCUUGAACUUGUAUGUUUCGGAUAAUAUGACCUUGUGUAUUUCAGAAACAGGAUAUUUUGGUUAAUUUAACAUUUAGUUAUAGUGUUGGUGUUGUGCUUAGGCCGUAUUUUUUUUUUUUUUUUAAACAGAUUAUUGUGAAUUGCAAUAAACGGAUUUUAUUAGUGUACUUGUGCUAAUCAUCUUGGUCAAUAAAACAGUAAGUGUCUUCUAGUUUUAUAUUGGUCCAGCUUCUUUGUAUAGGCAGAGUAUAAGGUCGUGUUUGCGGCUCUGUGGAAGAGUGUGUGGAUAUUUGAACAUUUCAAAAACAAAAUCACUGUGUUUUUAAAUUGUCUUUAUGAAUUCUGCAGCUUAUUGCUGCUCGUGCGUGUGCGUGGACGCGCGUGGAUUGAACACAAAGCUGCAUGCGGAUCAUUUUAAAGGCAAUGUGUUUGGAAAGUAGUGUUUUGUUUGGU